GAGUCAUGUGAUGUCCUGUCAUGUGGUGCAUUCACUUCCUACUGAUUUGCUCCACAGCAGACAGAUUGCCGUAUCAUGUCGUCUUAGGCUCCACAGACUGCUAUCCACCGCCGUAAACAUGUUAUUUAUGUGUACAUCUAGUCGUUUCUCGCCCCUAAAGCUGGUCCUUUGGUUGGUGGCAUGUCUGGGAUAUUUUUCGGUCCGGUCCAGAGCGGAGGAGGACGGCAGCAGCCCGUGGUACCGGGACCUCUGCAGUUAUAAAUGGGAGGCUAUUGACCAGGACAAUAACGUGAGCUACACGCUAAAGCUCUGUGAGUCGUCACCAUCGACCAGCUGUGGCCCCGGGACCGCUGUCUGCGCCAAGAACCUCGCCACCAAAGCUGACCAGUCUGUCGGUGAGCUGUCGCUGCAGACGCUGUCUGGCACGGUGCUGGAUUACAACGGCACCGAAAAAUGUCCGGGGAGCAGCAACAGCAUUCAGACCAGCAUCAGCUUCCAGUGUGGGAAAACCAUGGGGACCCCGGAGUUUGUGGCCGUGUCCCAGUGUGUGCAUUACUUCGAGUGGAGGACCUUCACCGCCUGCAACAAAGAUAAAUUCAAGCCACACAAAGAGGUGCCCUGCUAUGCGUUUGACUCUGAUGGUAAGAAGCACGACCUCAGCCCUCUGAUCAAAGUGACCGACGGCUAUCUGGUGGACGACGGCAACGACAGCGUCGACUUCUACAUCAACAUCUGCCGGAGUCUCAACCGACCAGACAAAUCGUGUCCAGAGGGCUCUGCAGCCUGUCUGGUCACAACGCAGGGCUCCUACAACAUGGGCUCUCCUACCACACAGCUAGAGCUAUUAUCCAACGACAGACUGAAGUUACACUAUGAAGUCGCUGCUGGUUCAACUGUUCCGGACUUCUGCAACAAACACGAUCCUGCCGUCACCAUCACUUUCAUCUGUCCGUCAAGCAGACAUUCGGGCAGCACUCCUAAGAUGACAGCAGAGUCGAACUGUCGCUACGAGGUGGAGUGGGUGACCGAGUACGCAUGUCACAGAGACUACCUGGAGAGCCACACCUGCAAAAUGACCAGCAAACAGCACGACAUCUCCAUAGACCUAACGCCGCUCACCUUGAGCUCUACAGACCACCCGUACUACGCACACUCUGGGCCCAUUGACGGGGAUGACAGCUACGUCUACUACCUGAACGUGUGUGGAGAGAUCCCCACUAACGAAUGCGGCGAAUACCAGUUUGUAUCGUCCUGCCAGGUGAAGAAGUCCGCCGAUGUGAAGAAAGUGGCUGGAAGAUAUCAGAACCAGACAUUACGUUAUUCAGAUGGAGAUCUGACUCUGAUCUACCCAGAUGGGAUCAGAUGCUCCUCCGGCUUCCUGAGAAUGACCAUCAUCAACUUUGAGUGCAGCAAGAAUGCAUCCAACGGCGGGCGAGGGAAUCCAGUCUUUACGGGGGAGACGGACUGCACUUAUUACUUUGACUGGGAGACGGCCUUCGCCUGCGUCAAGGAGAAAGAGAAUCUACUGUGUCGAGUCAGAGACGACAACAAACACUACGACCUUUCACCCCUCACAAGAUACCCUGGGUCAGAUGUCGGUGGGAACUGGGAGGCGGUGGAUGCUAAAUCUCCAAAGCCGGACUCCCGUUUCUACCUGAAUGUCUGUCACAAAGUCAUCCAGACGGGUGCAGCUGCCGACUGCCCUGUGAAUGCCUCCAUCUGUGCCGUGGAUAAGGCUCUCGGGGCCAUCAGCCUCGGCAGCUUCCUCUCAUCUCCCCAGAAGACUAAAAUUGGAAAUGACAUCCGACUGGUGUAUACCGAUGGAAGUUUCUGCAUCAAUAAAAAGACGAGGAUCCAAACUAUCCUGACCCUCAAGUGCAAACCGGGAGAUCUGGAGAGCGCUCCCGUCCUUCGUAGCGUUUCGGCUGACGGAUGUGUGUACGAGUUGGAGUGGUACACUGCCGCCGCCUGCGUCCUCUCCAAGACUCAGGGAGACGACUGCAAAGUGGAGGACCCUCAGGCUGGGUUCUCCUUCGACUUGUCGCCUCUCUCCAAAGCCGACGGUGGCUUCUACAACCUCACCAGCGGCAACUAUGACUACUACAUCAACGUCUGUGGUCCUGUCAAGGCGGCCAGCUGUCCUGAGAAGGCCGGCACAUGUCAGGUCGAAAAGAGUUCUUGGAGUCUUGGGGAAGCGAACUCCCGCCUGUCGUACUACGAUGGCCUGAUCCAGCUAACCUACAGUAACGGCUCCCAGUACAACAACAAACAACACACUCGCAGAUCCUCUCUCAUCUCUUUCCUCUGUGACCCAGAAGCUGGAGUUGGUAAACCCGAAUUCCAGGUUGAGGACAAUUACACUUAUAACUUCCGCUGGUAUACAUCCUACGCAUGUCCUGAAAGGCCUCACGAGUGUUUGGUGACAGAUCCCACCACUCUUGAGCAGUACGACUUAUCCAGCUUGUCACGCUCCACCUCCAUUAGCAACUGGCAGGUCAUGGAUUUGUCCGACUCCAUGAACCUUAAGAAGUACUACAUCAACAUAUGUCGGCCUAUCAACGCUGUACCAGGCUGCGACCGCCACGCGUCCGUCUGCCAAAUGAAGUAUAUAUCCGAGCAGGGCUCUCCGAAGGAGGUUGUAUCCGUCAGUAACCUGGGUAUUUCCAAGCGAGGGCCGAUCAUCGAGGCGCGGGACCGGCUGCUGCUGGAGUUCACGGACGGCUCUGCCUGCGUGUCGGACGGCCUGAAGCUCACGCACACCACGCGCAUCCACCUGGUCUGCUCCAGAGGAGCUGUGUCAAUGGGCCCAAGGUUCCUGAUGUACCAGAACUGUACUUCCAACUUCAUGUGGGAGACCAGGGCGGCCUGCGCAAUCAAAACCACCACGAACAACAACUGUACCGUGGUGGAUCCCAUCACUGGCUUUGAGUUCAACCUUCAGCUUUUGGCAUCUAAGACUGGAUACAAGACACAUGCGAAUGGCAAAGACUUCCAGGUGAACAUCUGCUCAGAGGUGGCAGAGUGCGGAGCGGGCAUGGCCGGCUGUGAGCUGGAUGAGGGGCAUCCGUUGAACCCAGUCGCGGUGGAGAAGACCCUCCAGUACUCCACCGAUGGCCUGCUCACACUAACGUAUAAGGGAACCCUGGACGAGCCCACGGCGACUCGGGACACCUUCACCAUAAAUUUUGUGUGUAAUACAACCGCUCAACCUGGCUCCUUAAAACUGCUGCGAGAGGACCUGAGUACUUCACCGAACCACGUGGUCCACAACGCCUUCUUUGAGUUCUCCACCGCUCUGGCCUGCAUCCCUGCACCAGUUGACUGCCAGAUCAUUGAUUCCCAUGGUCAUGAGUAUGACCUAAGGCACCUGAUCCGGGACAGAGAGGACAGCCCCUGGAUCGCCAUAGAUACAGAUGCUGUGAAAUCCCGCAGGUUUUACAUCAACGUCUGCAAACCUCUCCCUCCAGUGAGUGACUGUCCAGUGGGUCCUUUGGGUGCCUGUGGCAUGAUUGAUGGGAAGACAUACAACCUGGGAUACGUCCAGUCGAGCCCCCAGGCAGCGGAGGACGGCUCCAUCAGCAUCGUGUACCAGAACGGAGACCUGUGCGGCUCCGCAUCCCGCUACUCAACACGCAUCAUCUUCCAGUGCGAUGACAACCCGGGCUCCCCCAUGUUUGACCGUAAAGUUGGUUGUGAAUAUGUCUUUAUCUGGAGGACCUCUGAGGCCUGCCCCAUCAGGAAGUCGCAAGGUGAUGACUGCCGGGUUCGUGACCUCAAGAGUGGCUACGAGUUAGAUCUGAGCUCUCUGAAGGGUAAAGAUUACCCCGUCAGCAGUGAUAAGUACGUCUACCACCUGUCGGUCUGCGGGGGGCUCAAGAAAGGGAUCUGCACCCACAAGGACACAGGCCUUGAAACUGUCUCCUCCUGCCAAGUGCAAGGUGACAACCACAAGAUUGCAGGAAUGGCAUCCCAGGUUCUGAGCUAUGUGGGAGACCAGCUCAUCCUGAACUACACUAAUGGAGAGGCCUGUCAUAAGAUAUACCAAAGAUCCACUGAGAUCUACUUCUCCUGCCACCCUGACAGGCAUCCUGGAACACCAGAGUUCAUCAAGGAGACUCCAGACUGCACCUACCUGUUCAGCUGGCCCACCGCUCUGGCCUGCGUCCCAGUCAAGACCACCAGCUGCUCCUACAAUGAUGAUCAGGGACACUCGUACGACCUCUCCCCUCUGGCUGUGGACUCUCGAAACUGGGAGGUGGAGCCCUCUACGGAGGACACGAAGAACCGAUUCUACAUCAACGUCUGCAGGGCGCUGGUGCAGCAAGGAGGUACAUGGAAGUGUCCCUCCAAUGCAGCGUCCUGCUUGAAGGCCGGAGAGGACUAUGUGAAUUUGGGGCAGGUGGAUUCUGGUCCUACAUGGGACGGAAAGGUCCUGAAGCUGCAGUACACCAGCGGCCAGGCGUGUCCCGAUGGAAGCCGCAACAAGAGCAGCGUCAUCCGCUUUAAAUGUGACAAAGACAAAGUGGACUCCCGGCCUACUCUGAUCUCUGCCAUUGAGGACUGUGUGUACACCUUCCUCUGGUUAACGGCGGCGGCCUGCCCACUCAACAGCACCCAACACGACAACUGCAUGGUCACCAAUCCCGCUACAGGUCAUUUGUUUGAUCUCAACACCCUGACAAAGGAAGGAGGUUACACUGUGUACGAUCAUCAGGAUCACAGGAAGAUGUUCCGCAUGAACAUCUGUGGGAACAUGUCCAACACUGGAUGCAGCUCUGAAACUGCUGUGUGUAUUAAGGAUGCCACGACCGUGAUGAGCGGCGGUCAGGUGAGCAGGAAACUCUCGUACAAGGAUCAGGUUCUGGAGCUGACGUAUGGCGGCGGAAGUCCCUGUCCAGCAAACCCCGACCUCAAACACAACGCCGUCAUCCACUUCAUCUGCAGGCCACCUAACAUGGGCUCAGCCCCGCCAGAGCCAGUUUUGAUUGAUACCGACACUGAGACCUGCACACACUUCUUCUCCUUCCACACACCGCUGGUCUGCGAACAGCCAGUAAAGUGUUCGGUCCAGAACGGCUCUGCUCUCAUAGACCUGACUCCCCUCAUCCACAUCAGUGGAUACUACACAGCAACAGACGAGGCCGUGGAACAAAGUGACGAAUCUCCAGACUUCUACAUCAACAUCUGCCAGCCUCUGAACCCCAUCCCCGGGGUCACCUGCCCCGCUGGAGCCGCCGUCUGCACAGACCCUGACAAUGGACCGCCUGUGGACAUUGGGCGGACCACCAGCGGUCCUGAGAUCAACAGUGCUACAGGGGAAGUGUCCAUCACCUACAACAGCUCCACCAAGUGUGCGGCUGAUCCUGCACAGAACUACACUUCGACCAUCAUCUUUAUCUGCCAGAGAGGCCUGGAGCUGGGCUCUCCACAAAUGCUGAGGCUGCAGGAAUGUGUCUAUCUGUUUGAGUGGGCGACUCCUAUAGUCUGUUCAGAUGCCACACACACCAACGCCAGCGGUUGCCAGCUAACAGAUUCCCAGCUCCAGUUCACCUUUGAACUGUCCACCCUCUCUGGUGAUGUCCAGGUACCAGCGAGCUCCGGCAUCUACCACAUCAACGUCUGCGGCUCCGUGGCCGAGCCGGCCUGCAAGAACAGCGCGGUUUGUCGGGUGUCUGGUUCUGGUUCGGACCAAUCUGCCUCAUCGUUUGGCAUCAGCAAGGCCAUGACGAUGGACUUCAAACAUGACGAGGACGCCGUACUGAUGCAGUAUGGUGGGGGAGAUCCCUGCCCACCAGGGACAAGUGAUGGCGACGUGUGUGUGUUCCCCUUCACUCUCAUGAAGAAGUCGUACACAGCGUGCACCAAAGAUGAACGCACAGAUGGCAGGAUGUGGUGUUCCACCACUGCCGACUACGACAGGGACAAGAAGUGGGGAUUCUGCAAUGCAGCCUCUGCUAAGCGUCAGUCCUCCAUAUUGUUUACCUGCGACCAGUCUGCAAACCACGGCUCUCCACAGCUGCUCUCGGAGACGGAGGGUUGUUCGGCCACUUUUCAGUGGCGCACCAGCGCUGUUUGUCCCCCGAUGAAGAUGGAGUGUAAGCUGGUCAGCCAGCAUCAAACCUUUGACCUCCGAACCCUGUCCUCCCUCACUGAGCCUUGGAAGUUCAGCCACCGAGGGGAUUCGUACUUCGUUAACCUGUGUCAGGGUAUCCACGGUGGGUUGCCGGGUUGUCCAGAGGGAGCAACUGUGUGCCGGCGCACAGCAACGGGACUGACCCAGACCCUGGGCCGAGUUUAUACCCAGAAAAUGAGCUCUGUUGAUGGAACGAUUACCGUCAGGUACUCGGCGGGAGAAGAUGUCUGCGGUAACGGCGUGCACGCCAAGACGGUGUUCCAGCUGAGCUGCGGCUCCACUGUUGGACACCCGGCACUCAUCAGCGUUGACGAGGCGUCGUGCGAGUUUGUGAUUGGCUGGGCGACUCGCUCGGCGUGCGCUGUGAAGCAGCAUGAGGUGGAGAUGGUGAACGGGACGAUACAGGUCCCCGACACUGGAGCCAGCCUGAGUCUCGGAAAGCUUUACUUCAGCCACCAUCAGGCGUCUGGAGACAUCCGUCCCAACGGCGACCGCUACAUCUACCACAUCCAGUUGUCUGGCAUCACCAACAACUCCCUGACCACCUGUCUCGGUGCCAACAUCUGCCAGGUCAAACUCAAUGGGCUUUACAGACGCAGGAUUGGCUCUUCCAGCAAGGCCAAGUACUACGUGAAAGGAGGAAACUUGGACGUGAUGGUGCCCUCUGAGUCGGCAUGUGGGCGGGAGAAGACCAAAAAGGUGUCGUCCACCAUCAUGUUCCACUGUAACCCCUCGGCAGGCGUUGGCAUCCCCGAGUUCAUGCUGGAGACGGAUGAAUGCCAGUAUCUGUUUGUGUGGCACACGGACGCCGUGUGUGGUCUCAGAACUGUCGACACCCGGGAUGAUGGCGGCGACAGCGAGGCUCCUGCUCACUACAGGCGGAGCCAGGCGGUGGGGGUGAUGCUGAGUCUUCUGCUGGUGGUUCUGUCCGUCUGUCUGCUCGGACUUUUGCUCCACAAGAAAGAGAGGAGAGAGCUGGUGAUCCAGAAGGUUGCUGGCUGCUGCAGGAGAGGAAACCAAGUCGCCUAUAAAUAUUCCAAGGUCAACAUGGACGAAGAAGGGGGUGAAGAGGAGAUGGAGUGGCUGAUGGAGGAGCUCGAAGCACCUCCCGCAUCCACCUCCUCGUCCUCCCACCGAGGGAGGAGUAACCACGGCAACGGUCACAUCACGACCAAGCCGGUGAACACGGCCGGCCUGCGCUCGUUCUCGCUGGAUGAGCAUGACGACGACGACGACGACAGCGAGGACGAGGUGCUGAGCGUCCCGGGGGUGCGAGUGGUCAAGUCCUCCGGAAUCUCCAGGCACUCUGCGGCCCAUCGCAGCCCCUUCCUUCAGGAGGAGAGCGAUGAGGACCUGGUGGGCCUCCUGGACGAGUCGGACAGGAAGAGGAAGAGCGGCAAGCCUCGCUCCUCGGGGCUUAAUAACGGUAACAACACGGCAACCAACAGGAAACGGGACGAGGAUGACAGUGACGAGGACCUCCUCAGGGUGUGAUGUCACUUCCUCCGCCCCGCUCCCACAACCAGUCUGAACUCUUCUUUCUCAGUGAAUGUCUCCAUAACCGCAACAACGGAUACCAACAACAUAUUGAAAGCAGAAACCUUUCCUCUCUUUUGGAAUUAUUUUUUUAUUAUUUUUUUAUUUUUCUUGGGUUGCACUUGGCCUCAGACUUGAUCCAGUCCACCGUCUACAGACUGUCAGUGUUGGCACAUGGUUUCUUAUUUAUUGAUUGCCGAUUAUUUAAAGUAUUCUGCAGGCUGUUUUUUGACCUGCAUCCUAUUUUCGGUCAUAAUUCUGAAAUGAAUUAAUAAAGUACAUCACUGUAGUCACUUCAAUCAUUACACAUUUAUCGAAUAUAGACUCUGAAAAACCAACCCCAGAGGCAUAAAAGGCAUCAUCUUUAACAUGGUGGCUCUGCAAUGUCAGACGGAAAUUCAAUAUUUUCCUUUCUUCUCAAGUUUUUGAAAUGAAGUUGUGCCAUUUGCUUUAGCACUUUAUUGCAGCAUUGAUUACGUUUAUUAAGAAUAAUAUUUUGCCGCGAAUGAAAAAAGGAAAAGCUUUCGCUACCUAUUUGCAGUUUAAUGUCCAGGACUUUAUUUGAUAACUGUGGUGAGAUGUACAGUGAAGUCAAUAGUGAAACAAUUUAGCAGAUUUUCUGAGGAAAACCAUGGCUAUCAAAGAAAAGAGGAGAGAAUAAAGCAAGGGGUACUGUUUUUUUUUCCUGAAUGUGGGCGAAGAAGGCGUCGGCUUGUGUUGUUUGUAAAGGGAAUGAAGACACCUUGUCUUGUGUGGCUGCUUACAUUUCACGUCUUCUCUUUCUUUCCACUCGAAAAGAAAGCGCGACCCCUUACUGAUGGUGGACGUACUUUUGCUUUUUUCAUUGAGGAAUCAUGUCCGGCGACAGAUUUAUUUCAGUUUUUGUCUUGUUUUGAUCAGAGACAUUGUACAUAGAGGAUAAUGUUCUAUAGUAUGGACUUUUUGUUUGUCUGUGUGUCCGUUAUCUUCACUGGUAAGUUGCUCACACAUCUGUUUUUAUGAUUAUUUAAAUGCUUGUCUGAGCUGAUUAUCUGUAUGAAUCUCUGUUCUGUUUGGAAAAUGGAGAUGGCCUUAAGUGUGACUGGAUGGGCGACGUGGACGGAGGUUGAAAGUGAAAUUUGAGAUGUUAGUUUGUGUUGGUUUUUGAAGCCCCUCCCCCUACCCUCCCGCCAAAGCCAUAUUUCUACAGCCACCGCUGGCACUAACGUAUGGAAGUUGGGAAUUUGUUUUCCCACGCUUGCCCGCUCUCGUACAUUAAAGUUCUGUUAUUCGGGUUUGUGAUCGUGGAUGUUGCUGCGGCAUAAGGGAAGUUUUAACCCGGUAAAGCCACGUUUUUGUAGUGCCGAUUUCUGCCCCUUUUUAGCCAAAGGCACGUGACGAUGGGACGUGAAGCAUUUAAGUAUCAAGAAUGACGGCAGUGUAUUUACAUUUAAGGUAUUUUCUGCUUAAUAAUCAAAUGGCGUUUUAACAAAGUAUAUCAGUAAUGAUGGAGAUCUACGGGCCCAGAUAUGUUGGUGAAGUAUAUAAACUGACUGCUUAAGAGGGAUAUGAGUAAUCCUACACAGUGUAAACAGAGUAUUCGUAUGCCGUCCCGUUUGCAGGUUUCUUUUCUUUUGGUCCCAAAGUCGAAAACAAAUCAAAGUUCCUGCGACUAAACAUGGCGGAUUUGUCUGAGCUAUUUGCUUUGAUUCUUCUUCUCCGCUUUAAAGAACACAAGUGUUUUCUAAGGCUGCAACGAACAAUUAUUUUCCUUUUAUUGAUUAUAAAUGUCAGAAAAGUGCCCCUCACAAGUCGUCAUGGUCCUUCAAAUGUCUUCAGACUGAACAUCAAACCCAAAGUUGUAGAGAAGAGCAACCAAUCAUCAUGCUGCUUGGCAUUAUAUAUGAAUACAUAACUUACAUUUGUGUGACAGAAAACAGCGUCAGCCUUUUUCCGUUUUCACAGUUCAAGGAGUUAAAGUUCACCUUUGACCUGUGAUAUGGUGAUUAAAUAAAAAUCAAUUCUUAACUUAA